UCUUGGAUGCCGCAGCCAUCUGCCCUCGUUCUCGAUCUCUCCGUUCACAAUCUCUUUCCUCCGCUGUCGCCUUUAAUUAAAAAAUCUCCAAUUAAUCCUCUACGUCUCAGGGGCUCCUCAAUUCUUGUCCAUAACUUCUCUCCAUCUGUCAAUUUUUAGCUUUUCUUUAAAGCCCUCCCAAUCAGGUGACGACCUCUGUUCUUUGACCACGGCGACAUCAAAAUGAAGGGAGCGGCAUCCCUGCUCUUGUCGGAGUCAUCGCCGAACUGCACAGCACCGACAACGGUCGUUGGCGAGAGCAAUUGUUUGCUUCAUCUAUGCCAAUUUCAUCAAAAGAUAACGACGGUCUGAACUCAGCGCUCUAAAAUCUGAAAUUUGCGCUCCGAUUACAUAAAGUUCGCGAACUAUGAAUGCUCGGCUAAAAAUCCGCGUUUUGCCGAAUUGGCGCGGGAGCGUUGGGGUAGUAUAGGCGAAUUAGGUUACCUAAGUCUACACUCUACAACUAUGAAUGCUCGGCUAAAUUACAGGAACAUUGAGUUGUAUCAUUUAGGGUUAAUACCCUAGUUUGGCCCGAAGUUUGGCGUAUGUGACAGUUGUUGUAGCCCGACUUUUCAAAUAAGACAUUUAGGGCCUACUUUUUAAAGUAAUGGACAAAUUUGGCCCAAAACUGGUGUUGACUAUUAAUAUUAUCUUUCAAAUAUAUAUUCCGUCAAUGAGUCAACAUCCAGUGCUGAGGUGGCAGUUCUAACCUCACCUCCGAUUCCUCCAUCGCAACUCCCUUCCUCCAACAUCCAACCUCACCUCCGAUUCCCCCCAUGUCUGAUUCCCUCUCCUUACCGACAACCAGCGUUAUCGUCAAACUAUGCAGUGGGAGAUGAAGCAGAUGCAAUGGUGGUCAUCGUGGCUCCGAUGGUGGCUCCGAUGGUUGGCGGCCGCCGAUUUGAUACAGGGGAAACUGAUGUUGUGCCGGAGAGACGAUGGUGACAGACAACAACGGCGUGAGGACGUAUCUAUGGAGGAUGACGUUGAUCUCUGGAACUGUGGCAUCGAGAGCAUUAAAGCAGAGCAAGGGUUGCGGUCGCGAGGAAUAGCAUCGAUCUUGACGACGAUGGCUCCGAGGGCGACGAUGUAGAUAUGGAAAACGACGACGAGCAAGGCGGCAUCGUCUAGGCUACGGGAGAUUGAACAGCGGAGGUUGAUGGUGGAGGGAAGAUGGAGGGUGGCGACAGAUGCUUAAGAAAGAUCGAGUGUCGGCCGAAUGGGGACGGGUUGGUGUUGCGGGCUUGCGGCGGGGUGGGUUUUGCCGAGAGUGAAGAGAGAAGAAGUAGGGAUUUUGACUUUGUGGUGCUUUUUUUAAUUAGUUGUUUUGCUUUUUAUUUUUUAUUUUUUUCAGAACAUUAAAUACAUAAUUAUUUUGCUGAGUCAUUAACGAUAAGAAUGUUUGACCGUCAAUUUUAACCGUCAAUUUUAACGGUCAACACAAGUUUCCGAACAAAUUUGUCCAUUACUUUGAAAAGUAGGCCAUAAAUCUCUUAUUGGAAAAGUCGGGCCAAACUAGGGUAUUAACCCUAUCAUUUAUGGGCCUAAAAAGGAGAAAUAUUUGACUCUGAAGAGUUUAAGCAAAGUAUUAAGUAUGUAUAUAUAAUAUAAUAGACAUACUACUAAUUAUUUAACUGGUUAAUUUGGUUUGAUUGGUUAGGAGUGUCCGAAACCAAACCACCUAAACGAAACAAGCUAAAAUUUUUAACCAAACUAAACCAAUUAUCCAAAUAAACCAAACCAAAUUAUCCAAAUACUACAGGUUAAAACGGUUACCACGGUAACACUCCGUUCAAACACCCAUAUCCUCAGCUCGGUCGUUGUCUGCCACCUUCGGCUGCUCGGGAUCGCGCAUCAGAAUCUCAAGCUGCGACAGAUCACUUGCCAUCUCUUUCGCCGGUGCCUCGUCAUUUUCGUCUAUAUCGUCCUCAUCAUCGUCCACCAAUCGUCCUCUGGCCCAAUCGACGGUAGCUGCGCCAGCAGCCGGUCCAUAUCGGUCUUCCACCUUCGCGUAGACUCGGUGAAGUCCAUGGUUGAGAGUUUUGAUAAACUCAUUCUUGCAAACGGGCUCUAAUACCACUGUAAGAAACCCUCUUAUUAGGCUCCUUAAAUUUGACGCAACCGAAUAGAUUAGAAAGGAUUGA